AUGAGCGGUAUCCGGUACCGGCCAGUCGGGUCGGAUGUUAUGGAGGUACCGAUUGAACCUGACGAAAAGUUUCCCAGAGGCACGUCGAAGUUUUGCGCAUGGUUAUGUCCCCACGAUCCCAUGGGUGCGGAACGACGUGUGGGUGACUUGUACUGGAAUGGCUGGAGCUCGUUUGUUUUGGGUUUUGCCCUUUCAGGCGUUGGUUUGACUCUCCUUACCCUUGCUAUUCUCUGUUUUUACUUCACGUGGGAUGUCCCUCGCAGCAUCGCGCUAAUUGUUGUCAGCGCAAUUUGCAUAAUCCCCGGUUUGUUCAGUCUCGUUGUUAUUUGGUUCUAUAUUUCUGGGAAAGAGGGAUACGACUAUGAGCAGUUGAUGCCCAACUAG